AUGGAAGGGCUGCGCAAGGAACGACUGUUUGGACCGACUGCUGAAGAUGACGUGAACGUUGUAGCGACGGCUGAUUUGAGUGACUGCGAGUCCGAUGCGGAUGAUGAGGAUGUUAUGACCGACAACGCCAUAGCUCCAGAAGGUGUAGAAGACGUAGACGACGUGGAAAUGAAUGAAGGUGAUCUCGACACUGUGACGUUUGAUUUGACUGAUGACGAUCUUCGGACCAUUGCGGAAAGUGGUUGGGUAACCUACGAGGAGGAGCACAGCGGAAAUCUCCAAGUCGACACCGCAACGGACUAUUACGACGGGAAAUAUGGCCCCACCCGUUCUGCUAUCGCCUACGCGGAUUUCCCGUUGGGCAUGUUCUUCUACUUUCUGACCAAGGAACUCUGGAUUCAUAUCGCUGAAGAGACAGAGCUCUACCGACUGCAGAAUAUCCCAGCAAUGGCAAUCUCUCGCCGAGAGAAGUUGCUAGCCCGACAAACCAAGGAUCCGCGCGUGAGUGUGCCUAAUGUGGAGGAUAUUGAAGCAGACUUGAACAAGUUCAAGCCCAUUCAAGCGCAUGAGAUCGUGCUCGUCCUAGCGCUGCUCUUUGCUAGGGUUGUGGCGCCAAUUCGGGAUGGCCUAGCUCACCACUGGUGUACUGACGAGGAUGGGGCUAUUCCGCGCGGAACCUUCUCAGGCUUCAUGAAACGCCGCCGCUUCGAAGACAUUAUGAAGUUCCUGCACUUCAACAACAAUGAGGACGCCGGGGCCCACGCUGACAAGGCAUGGAAAAUUCGACCGGUGCUGCAAGCAGUCGAGAAAACGUUUCGUCGUGGAUAUCGGCUGGGGAAGGUCAUCUCGUUCGACGACGGAAUGAUGCCGAAUCGCAGCAAGUUCAACCCCAUGCGCAUUUUUAUGCCGGACAGGCCCAGCAAGUACGGCACGAAGUUCUACAUGACGUGCUGUCCUGAAACUGCAUACUGUUCUAGGUGA